CCCGCAACAACAGGUGGCCCAUGCUCUCACUGCCUUGCCAAGGCUUGACUAAGUCAACGGCGUGGGCGGUGGACAACGGCAGAUCUCUCUCCAACAAGCUCCACUGUUCACUCCACGUCUCCGGGUGCUCUCAUCAGGGGUGUCAAUAAUACCGAGGGGAUCAUUAGACGGAGUCAGCACACUCGUUCAACUCUCAGUCGAGUCAUUAGCCAUGGCCAAAGACAACAUUCCCCCGCUUCACACCCUGGACAGGCCUGAGAAGCUCCAGGACAUCCUCAAGCAGGACCGUGGUGAUGACUGCCUUCCCUGCCGGAUCAUUGGUGGAAGUGCUUUCCUUGGUCUUGCCGCAUACAGCUACUACUCCGGUCACUCCCAGCUCACCAAGGCCCAAGCCGAGAUCCUGGCCAGCAAGUCCUUCUUUGGUAUGAGGAGUAGGAGAUGGGCCAUCACCGGUCUCUCAUGUGGCAUGGCCUAUCUGGGCUUGUACAGACUGUUCAAGUGAGGUGAUUGGAAGGCCCAGAGCCUGUACUUGAAAUGACCAGCGCGGAGCAGCCCACUGUGUGAUGCCUUCUGCCGGGUGAACAAGAGCCUCCCACACGGUUUGGUCUAUAAGGGACUAAGGCGACAGUGUCAGUCAACUGCCACAUUACAGCCGAGA